GCAUACAAUGUCGUGAUACAUGACAUCGUGGUGAGUAUGUUAGCCAUCAAUAAUGAUGUCGAGGAAAACCAUCUUUCUGAUGGGACCUCCAUCUGGGAGACUACACUGGGAUGACAAGGACCUUCUCCAAGUUGCUGUACCUCCAUUCACGGAGCCUACUAUCAGCCCAUCCACAAACAAUUCAUCUAGAGCGGAUAUAACCAAAUGGAGGGUUUUGCAAAGCGGGAAUGCAGCCGAACUAUAUCAUCCGGAAUGGGCGCAGAAUACCCUUUUCCUCGAUACUGCCAGUUUGACUGCGAAGAUGCCCAGAAUAUCCGAUGAUGUGCUUCUUUCGCAGUUCUAUGAGCAUUCAUUAUCUAUUCUAGGGGCGAGUUACUCGUCCGAAUCUGAUAAUAAUGACACUACUUUACCCUUCGAUGAAGAAAGUGGCGUGGAUGAAAGUGAUGGCUCGAUGAUGCCUGGCAGCUCUGAAGCACUACCUUUCCCUUACCCACGUGAAUUACACGAUAUCAAGGAUAUUCCCAAUGCUGCAUAUCUUCGAUCAAUUAUCCCGCAAACUCCGAGCGUGACUCUUGUUGUGGCCGUCAUAGGCAUCAAUCCUUUACGACGAGUCACCACUAAACAAUCAAAACAAGAACUAGAUAUUCUAGAGCUUAUUGUCGGAGACGAGACCAGGACUGGAUUCGGAGUUACUUUCUGGCUUCCUGUACCAGAAGAUCAUCAUCUGUGCGGGAGACAAGGAAACGGUUCUGCUACGGAAUUCAGAGAAAAAAUUCUAAGUAUACGUCUUCGCGAUAUUCUUCUCAUGAGGAACGUGGGACUUGGCUCUUUUCAGGAACUGGUAUACGGUCAAAGUCUUAGGAGGAGUAUGACCAAAGUUGAUCUUUUACAUCGACAACAGAUUGACUCGCAGGAUGUUCGGGGUGCAUAUUCUACCAUCGCCAUUGACACAACGACUCGUGAAGAUAAGCUACUUUGCAAAGUACGCAAUGUGCGAGACUGGCUGAUGAACUUUGUGGGGACAAAGGCGCGUUAUGGCAGGGAUACUGCUGUUGUUGUGGUUAACGAGACUCUGAAGUUAUCGAAUAUCGCAGGUCAUGAUCUGGCUUCAGGGCUUGAAGCCAUGUGUCUGGACUUUAUCGCACUGGAUGGGGAGGGCAUAGUCUGA